GGCCGUAUGAAGCUGCUGCUAUAGCUUUUGAGGCUAUACCACGUACUUUGGCUCAGAAUUGCGGGGGGAAUGUGAUUAGAACAAUGACGGCGCUGCAGGGAAAGCAUGCAAAUGGUGAAAAUGCAUGGAUUGGCAUUGAUGGUAACACUGGUGUGAUAACUGAUGUGAAAGAGAAAAAGAUAUGGGAUGCCUACAACGUGAAGGCCCAGACUUUUAAAACGGCCAUAGAAGCUGCUUGCCUACUUCUCAGAAUCGAUGACAUUGUGAGUGGGAUGAAGAAGAAGCAGCCUCCUGGUGCCAAAGCUCCUUCCAAGCCUCAAGUUGAGACAGAAGGCGAUGCAGAUAAUGAGCAAAUAAUUCCGGAGUGAUUAUCGAGAGCACGUGGUUAUCUCAGUUUGAAUGAAGUUUUGCUUUAAAGAAGAAAAAAAGGAGCAUUAUAAGUUUGAUGAGGAUAUUUUGUACGUUUGUAAUGUCACCUUAACUUGGUAGUGUGUGUUUUGUCCCUCUUCUUUGUUUCUCAAUCCACGAGGGGUGGGAAAGAAGAGAAGUCUUCUUAUUGGAGAAUGCUAAUGUUAGUUUGACAUGUCAUCUGUGUAUAGAACACAAUUUAUUUGUUCAACUUCGUGGAUUGGCACA